CUUAACUCACUUUCUCAGUCAGCUGUUGGUCAUGCAGACGAUAGCACGUGAUCUCGUUCUUCUCUUGUUUCUCUUCGGCCUGCCGAGGGGCGGCGCCCAGGAGUGCCCCUGCGCGUGGCACGAGAGCGAGGAGUCGUGGACGUGCGAGGGCGCGGUGUCUGCGGUGCCCACGCAGUGCUGGCCCUUGCACGCCCACGUCAGGAAGGUCGUCCUCGAUGCCAACAUCGGAGAGAUCCUGGACGGCGAUUUCGACCACGAGAACCUGCAGGGGCUCAUCCACCUGGAGAUGAGGAGGCUGCGCCAGGUGGCCCGCAGCGCCCUCCGCCCCCUCACGAAGCUCGUCUACCUGGACAUGGCCGGCGGAAGCCUCCAGGAGCUCCCUGACGUUAGCACGAUGACUGACCUGCUGGCGCUGUUGGCGUUCGACAACCAGCUGACGGCCGCCCCGAGCCUGACGCACAUGCUCGUCUUGGACGUCGUCGAGCUGCACGGGAACCGCAUCGCCGCCCUGCCCGACGAGUUCCUGCCGGAGUCGACCCACCUCAUCGACCUUCGGCUCGACGGGAACUCCUUCGACAGCCUCAACGCCUCGAGCAUCGUGACGGCGCCGGCGGAAAGCAGGAUGACCUUCGACCCGCUGGCCUCCGUCCUGGCGACCGUCGACGAGAAGGACCUCCUCUUCAUCAAGGAGUUCGAGGUCAACAUCGACCUCGAGUCCAUCAUCGUGAUCAUUGAGGAUCCUCCUAAUCCUUACUGCGAGUGGUGAUUGCGCCAAAAGGGAGGCUAGUCAACACACACACGUGUGUGUGUGUGUUGACACAUAUGUGUAU